GAGGGGGGCGGGCGGCUGGGGGAGGGGGGGGUGACAGGCCCCGGCUCAGCACCUCGGAGAGCUCCCUCCCCGGCCUUGUUUUGCUCGGAAUCGCUGCCGGGGGAGGGAGCGAGGGGGCCGGGCACCGGGAGUCGGAGGCCGAGAGAUGGCUGAGAAGGGGUGGAGGGGCCCUGGAGGGCAGAAGGCCCAGUCGUGAUCUGGCGAGGGGGCCGGGGCGUUGGGCCGGGUGGGGGUGAGGGGCAGCAGGCGGCAGCAGCAGUGGCUGAACAUCUGGAUGGAAGCGAGCUUUGUCCAGAUCACCAUGGCUCUGGGGCUGCCCUCCAAGAAAGCAUCUUCCCGCAACGUGGUCGUGGAACGUAGGAACCUGAUCACCGUGUGCAGGUUCUCUGUGAAAACCUUGUUGGAGAAGUAUACGACAGAGCCCAUCGAUGACUCAUCAGAGGAGUUUGUUAACUUUGCAGCCAUUUUGGAGCAGAUCCUCAGUCACCGUUUCAAAGCCUGUGCCCCAGCAGGUCCAGUGAGCUGGUUCAGCUCAGAUGGGCAGCGGGGCUUCUGGGACUAUAUCCGACUGGCCUGCAGCAAAGUGCCCAACAACUGUGUGAGCAGCAUUGAGAACAUGGAGAACAUCAGUACAGCCCGAGCCAAGGGCCGGGCAUGGAUCCGGGUGGCACUGAUGGAGAAGCGCAUGUCAGAAUACAUCACCACAGCUCUGCGGGACACCCGGACUACCAGGCGAUUCUACGACUCCGGAGCCAUCAUGCUGCGGGAGGAAGCCACUCUCCUCACUGGGAUGCUGAUUGGACUGAGCGCCAUCGACUUCAGUUUCUGUCUAAAGGGAGAAGUCCUGGAUGGGAAGACCCCCGUGGUCAUUGAUUACACGCCCUACCUAAAGUUCACCCAGAGCUAUGACUACCUGACGGACGAGGAGGAGCGGCACAGUGCCGAGAGCAGCACGAGUGAGGAUAACUCUCCCGAGCACCCCUACCUGCCUCUCGUCACUGACGAGGACAGCUGGUACAACAAGUGGCACAAGAUGGAGCAGAAGUUCCGCAUUGUGUACGCGCAGAAGGGCUACCUGGAGGAGCUGGUGCGUCUGCGCGAGUCACAACUGAAGGACCUGGAGGCCGAGAACCGGAGGCUGCAGCUGCAGCUGGAGGAGGCCGCAGCCCAGAACCAGCGCGAGAAGCGGGAGCUCGAAGGCGUGAUCUUGGAGCUGCAGGAGCAGCUGCCUGACCCCCCAUCCCUUCCCAGGACAGGUCUGAUCCCCGGUGACCACGCCCCUCUGGCCCAGGGUUCCAAGGAGCUUAUCACCCCCCUGGUCAACCAAUGGCCCUCCCUGGGACCAUUCAAUGGGGCCCAGGGUGCCAGCAACUCCAAGCUCUACAGGAGACACAGCUUCAUGAGCACAGAGCCGCUGUCAGCCGAGGCCAGUCUGAGCUCAGACUCCCAACGCCUGGGAGAGGGCAAGCGGGACGAGGAGCCCUGGGGUCCCAUUGGGAAGGACCCCACGCCCUCCAUGCUUGGCCUCUGCGGCUCUCUGGCCUCCAUCCCCAGCUGCAAGUCCCUGGCGAGCUUCAAAUCCAACGAGUGCCUGGUGAGCGACAGUCCGGAAGGCAGCCCAGCACUAAGCCCCAGCUGAGGAGCAGCAUGGGCAGUGCCAGGCCUUCCUGCCAGGGGCCACGGACACCUGCCACUUCUCUUCCAGUCCCAAAUCCAGGCCACCCUUCCAAAGAAUGCUGCCCACUCCAGGGGUCUCUGCCUUUUGCCUGUUUUUAGUUUCCUGCCCAAGGAGGCAGAAGCAGCAAAUGGUAAUGGACAGAGCUGGAGGCAGAGAGGCCACAAGGGAGUUCCCUGGGACGAGUGGCUCCAUUCUUUGUUAUCCCAAUGCCUGGCUGACUCCCUCUAAACUGUCAUCUCCCACAGCCUCCUUAGGAGCUGGUGGCCCAGCCUUGUCACCCUUGCUAUCCUGCCUCUGGUAUGUCCCUGCAUACCCUCUGGUUACUCUUUCCUUGGACCCCACAUGGGAACUCUGGAGGGGGGGAACCCAGGCAAAUAAAAACCAGAGGAUUGAGGGUAGCUUCAUCUGUGGAAGGGUGGGGGGAAAUCCCACUUUGAGCUCAGCAAAAGGUACUGGAGCUAGUGCCUGAGCCUAGCUAUAGUGAUGCUGUCAGAACUAGCAUGGGCUCUGUGGGAGCAG